AUGGCGGACAAAGCUCUGAAAGCUAAAGCCUCCACCGCUGUGGAGGACAUCCUCUCCAACUGGGACUGUACCAUCGAGCGCAUUCUUCCCGAGGACCUCAAACCACGAUCCCCCGCUGUCCAGGGCAACAAGCGCCUGCUCGGAGACGCCGCUCCCAUGCUUCCGCCCUCGGAUUCGUCCAAAAACUUUGUCCUCGCCCUCCGCGAGAUCUCGAAGCUCACCAUUGGCAAGAUGCCAAUCGGCCACCAGUACCUGAAAGCUGCUGUACUGGAGCGCCAGUCCGACAAUUCCCACAACUAUCAGAAGGUCGCUGAAGUCAUGGCGUCAGACAUCAAGCGAGCGGUGGAAAUGGUGAAGGAAGAGCGCAAGGAUCUGGAUGAGCUGGCGACUACCUUUGGAGGCGCGGAGAUCGAGAAAGACUCUCAAAAGGGAAAGGCUGUCAACAUCUCCAGCAACACCCGUCUUCAUUGCACUGUUGGCGCCACCACGGCACCCCGAUACCUGCUUGAGAUGGCAAAGAAGGAGGCGGAGCUUGAGGAUGAGGAGGUCGAGCCACGAGACCUCGUCGCGUCCAUCGAGAAGAACUGGGAAAUCAACAUGCACGACUGUCUCCCUCGUACCGCCAUCGACCUCCGCCCCGUCAUUCGCCCAAAUCCGAAAGAAGCCCGAUCAAACCGUCCCCUCCCACCACUGGCCGCCUACGACCCCAAUUGGGAAGACGCAUGGCGUGCCUCCGUGCCCGGCCGCGAUGCCUCCAAGGACGAGAUGAAGGCGUACAUGAAGGCGCAGAUGGUGAUCAUGGCAGGGAACCCGGAGUGGGACAUCAAGAAUCCGCUGGAUUGGAGCCUCAUGCUGCUGCACUUGCUCUCAAUUCUGGCAAAAGCCACGAAGGGGCAGCACGAGGCGGUACAAAGGGUGCUUGUUGAGACGGUUCAGACUCGCCAAAAGACCCGGUAUGCGAAGAAGACGGAGGAGCUCCAGCCCGGCGAUGUUGUUUGUGUCCUCAAUGCUGUAUUUAGACAGGUCUUUACGUAG